UCGAGAUCGCAUGUGUAAGAUGUCUUGCAGUCUUGUUCCCUAAUCAAAUUCAAAAGGCUUCAAGCACACAAAACGAGGAAGAAGACGGAGCACGGCCGGCAAACGUCCUCAUUACACUUCGCAAUCGACCAAGCGGAGGAUAAAGCUACCGCCAUGGCAGCUUCCGCUUCUCAUCCUCAUCUCGCCUGUAACUCCGCUAGCCAAGGCCACGGUUACGGAGGAGGAGGAGAAGCGUCCGCGCUGUAAAACCUCGGCCACGUUGCUCGCAGUCUCGCUUCUUUUUUUUUUUUUUUUGUUGGUCCAGUCGGCGAUAAAAGUUUCACCUUCCCCCAAUCGGACGCUUUCUCAGUUGCUUCCGUCUCUUUUUCCCCAAUCAAAAGGGGAAAAAAUGGUUCUUUGUCGUUGUGGUUGCGAGAGGUUGAUUUGAUGUGAAACCCUAGUCACUUCCGUGCUGUUAGGUCGAUUUGUGUGAGAGGAGGUAUCGGAUCCGAGCUCGAUAUGGGAAACUGCUGCCUUUCGCCGGAGGCCGUCGCCCGGGAGGACGUCAAGACCUUCCCCCGUCCCCAUCAUGACCACGGCACCCGCCCACUAGCCAACAAGAACCACCUCCGCCAGAACGGCGGCGGGCACUCCAAGCGAAUGGCGGCGGUUCUUAGUGGAGACGCCAGGGCGGUGGGCGGGAUCGAGGAGAAGUACGUGCUGGAUCGCGAGCUCGGCCGCGGGGAGUUUGGGGUCACCUACCUCUGCCUGGACCACUUCACCGGGGAACUGCUCGCCUGCAAGUCGAUCUCGAAGAGGAAGCUGCGGACGGCGGUUGACGUGGAGGACGUGCGGCGGGAGGUCGCGAUAAUGCGGCACCUGCCGAGGAGCUCCAGCAUCGUGAGCCUGCGGGAGGCGUGCGAGGACGACGGAGCCGUGCAUUUGGUCAUGGAGCUGUGCGAGGGCGGGGAGCUCUUUGACCGCAUUGUGGCGAGGGGCCACUACUCAGAGCGCGCGGCAGCUGUGGUGAUGAAGACCAUUGUUGAGGUCGUGCAGCUCUGCCAUUGCCAUGGGGUGAUCCAUCGAGACCUCAAGCCGGAGAAUUUCUUGUUUGCAAACAAGAAGGAGAACUCGCCCUUGAAGGCAAUUGACUUUGGGUUGUCAAUAUUCUUCCAGCCUGGUGAAAGAUUUUCUGAGAUAGUUGGAAGCCCUUAUUACAUGGCUCCAGAAGUUUUAAAACGGAAUUAUGGACCAGAAAUUGAUAUAUGGAGUGCUGGAGUUAUACUCUAUAUCUUACUGUGUGGAGUUCCCCCAUUUUGGGCUGAAACUGAACAGGGAGUUGCACAAGCAAUUCUUAGGGGCGUAAUAGAUUUCAAACGGGAACCAUGGCCUAGUAUUUCUGACAGUGCUAAAAAUUUAGUUCGGCUGAUGUUGGAACCUGAUCCCAAGCUUCGGUUAACUGCAAAGCAAGUGCUUGAGCAUCAUUGGCUUCAGAAUGCAAAGAAAGCCUCAAAUGUACCUCUUGGUGAUGUUGUCAAGUCAAGACUUAAACAAUUUUCACGGAUGAACAGAUUCAAAAGGAGAGCUUUAAGGGUUAUUGCUGAUCACUUAUCUACUGAAGAAGUGGAAGACAUUAAAGAGAUGUUCAAGAUGAUGGAUGCUGACAAUGAUGGCAUUGUAUCCCAUGAUGAACUCAAAACUGGGCUCGCUAAAUUUGGUUCACAUCUGGUGGAGUCUGAAGUGCAGAUGCUUAUUGAAGCAGUUGAUAUGAAUGGAAAAGGCACCCUAGACUAUGGUGAAUUUUUAGCUGUAUCUCUUCACUUGCAAAGAAUGGCAAAUGAUGAACAUCUCAGAAGGGCCUUCUCAUAUUUUGACAAAGAUGCGAAUGGCUUUAUAGAACCUGAGGAACUGCGCCAAGCCCUUGCUGAAGAUGGAGCUCCUGAUAGUAUGGAUGCCGCCAAGGAUAUCUUACAAGAAGUGGACACUGACAAGGAUGGUCGAAUCAGCUAUGAUGAAUUUGUAGCAAUGAUGAAGACUGGAACAGAUUGGAGGAAGGCUUCACGACACUACUCGAGAGGAAGAUUCAACAGCUUGAGCGUCAAAUUAAUGAAGGAUGGGUCCUUGAACUUAGGCAGUGAGAAACCAUUAAAUUGAUCGACGAAACUGUUGUGUGUCUUAACACUUCUCUAUGCUGACUCUCUUAGACAGUAUUUGGUUCAAUGGACUCGUUGGAUUUGCUUCCUAUGGAAUUAGUUCUUCUCGGUCACGGUAGGUGUGCAGGGAUGUUCUUGUUGCUUUGUGCAUGUUCCACUACCUUUGGUACAGUGUGUUGUGUUAGCUGUAGAACUUUUGUACCAAAUGAGGGUUUGUUGUGAUGAAGUUGGGCAUUGGUUAAAAAGAAGAGGUAUUGGUACAAAUGAAAAUUAAUGGUUGUUCAAUUGUGCUGAUUUUUAAUGGACUCUAUAAAUAUUGCCACUUGCUAUCUAAA